GAGGUAAAAAGGAUGAAAAGUUAAAACUAAAAAAAUCUCAUUAAUUCCAUAUUUUUCAAUAACCUAAUCAAUAAACAUAUAAGUUGACGUUAAAACCAAGCCCUUUUCUGACCUUGUCCUAGACAUCAUCGCCUGUCUUUGAAACUCUCAUAAACCAAUGGCCAACUCUUGUCUUUGCCAUUAAUUUGGGCUAUUCUCUUAACACUCAACCUCACCCAUUUCUUCAACAUUAUUUUCCCCAAGAAACUAAGCCACUCCAAACUGGUAACCAGAUUCGAGUAAUUAAGACAAAAACAUAAAAUGGGUCAACGGCAAAACCAUGAUUACGAUGUUUCAAGUGGAUUUGAUAUGCAAUUGAUCGGAAAUUUUUUGAGCUUUGCAUCUAGGGGAGAUAGGGUUGGCCUGAACCAGAUGCUAAGGGAUGGAAUUUCACCUGACGUCCAAGAUUAUGAUCGGAGAACUGCCUUGCAUCUCGCCGCCAGUGAAGGUCAUGCCCCUAUUGUUGAGCUACUUCUCCUUUAUAAGGCCAAUGUUAACCUCAUUGACCGAUGGAAUCGUACUCCAUUAACAGAUGCAAGACUUUAUGGACAUCGAGAUAUAUGCAGAAUCCUAGAAGUAAAUGGAGGCAAAGACAUGGAUGAUAAAGAAUUCAUCAAUGAUCAGCCAACAUUGAAUGAUCAAGCUCCCAUGACAGUUCGACAUGAACCUGAUUCAAAUGAAGUAAUUGAUAUCUCAGAACUGAAUACAGACAAGUCUUCAGUAAUUAAUCCACAGGGUGUGUAUGGUGAAUCCGAGAAGGUAAAAUGGCGUGGAACAUGGGUUGUUAAAACAGUGAUAAAAAGCCAGAUCCAACACCCAGUGAAAAUGAUAUUGUCUUCCAAGGAUAAUACACUGUUGCAAGAACUUCGACAUCCCAAUAUCUUACAGUUCCUGGGUUCAAUUGUGCAAGGAGAGGAAAUGAUUUUGAUUACUGAAUAUCUACCCAAAGAUAAUUUGGAUCUUAUAUUGAAAAAGAAAGGUCGUCUUGAUUUCCCCACUGCUUUGCGUUAUGCACUUGAUCUUGCUAGGGGAAUGAAUUAUCUUCACAAGCACAAGCCCAAGCCAAUAGUGCAUAAUAAUUUGGAUCCCAGAAAUUUAUUGCAAGAUGAAAGUGGGCACUUAAAAAUUGGGGAGUAUUGGGUACAAAUGCUGUAUGAACAAAUACAACCAAAUCAAGUCGCCUCUCAAAUAAAUGAAAUUUGUGACACCAAAAAAGAUGUUCGUGCAUUUGGCUUCAUACUUUACCAGAUGUUAGAAGGAAGACAGGACGUCAACUUUGACUAUAUAAAUUUGAAUUUUGUUGAUUUCGAAAUUAAGUUUCCAAUAAGCAGAUGUCCAAAAGGAAUUCAAGAGCUUAUACAAAAAUGCACAAGUAAUGAUCCGCCCCCGUUUUUUGCUGUCAUUAGAACUUUAGAAGAUGUUUCAAUAAAUAUGAGAAAAACGUGUAUUAGACAAUAUUGUGUCUAAACAAUUAAAUGUUUAAUUACUUGCUUCAAAACAAACAACUUCUUUACCAUA